AUGGCAGAUCCGGUGAACAAGGUGAACGAGGUGGUGAUAGCAAAGGUGGUGGAAAUGAUGGGGAUGUUGAUGACGAGUCUUCGAGAGUUCAGGCUUUGGGUCGGAGGGACUCAGUGUUGUGGGUAUCGUCCGGCACCCAAAGCAAGCAGAGCGUUCCUUAACAGUCCUCCUGCAGACGUCCUCGUGUGUCCGCUGCGGCCGGUGGAGCGCUUCCGGGACCUGCGCCCUGAAGAAGUGGCCGAUUUGUUUCAGGUGACUCAGAGAGUGGGCACAGUGGUGGAGAGACACUUCCAGGGGACCUCUCUCACCUUUUCCAUGCAGGAUGGCCCCGAAGCUGGACAGACUGUGAAGCAUGUGCAUGUCCAUAUUCUUCCCAGAAGGGCUGGGGACUUCCGCAGGAACGACAGCAUCUAUGAGGAGCUGGAGAAACACGACAAGGAGGAAGAAGACACCCCCGCCUCUUGGAGGUCAGAGGAAGAAAUGGCCGCAGAAGCAGCUGUCCUCCGAGCCUACUUUCAGUGACAGUGCUAAAGCCUGCACUCCGUCCUCCUCAGCACCCUCCAAUGGGCCUCAGGACGAGGGCACCAGCUGGAAAUUGAAGAGGAGGCCUUCACCAAUUGAUCCUUGGGGUAGGGGGAGGGUACAAAAGAUCUGCAAGCUGGAGUAGAAUAAAAUUUGAUCCUUGAGAAA